CGAAAGUGUGAACACAAAGAAAUCGCGGCGACACGCGCUGGGGAGAAUAAGUGGAUUUUACUGUUGAGAGUGACAGCGUAUACACUAAAAGUAAAUAAUAAACACAGAAUUAAUUUCUCAGUUGCAUUCUACAGUAGGCUUGUUUUAUGAAUUAUAUUUAACAUUGCGUCUGAAGAGACUUUCGGCAAUGCAGCACACAAAGACGAGAUAACGUAAUUUCUGUAUGUAACAGGAACGGGCAGAGUGGAUGGGCGAACUGUGGUUCGGUUCGUCUUGUAGCAUUUGGACCGGGCUGGAUUCGGCGGAGAUGCUAGUUUUUGAGAAGUCCAGCUGACAGUUUGGCACGAAUAAUUUUGGAUUCUGAACAGAGCCGUCUGGUUGCUGGGUCGGUCGGGAGGUGGAGGUAACACCCACUGACCCCCUCAGCCCUCUCCUGACCCGCCCGGCUCCCGGCUCCCGCCCCCUGCCGUACAGCUGUCGCCAUGACGUCCACCCCCCAGCUGCUUGCGUUCGAGCUGGCGCCCCCCCCGGGGCUGAGCUGCGAGGAGGAGAUGGAGCGCCGCUACGAGGUCGUCCCUUCUGUGGUCUGCUCCAUGUGCUGCCUGUUUGGAAUCAUCUACUGCUUCUUUGGCUACCGCUGCUUCAAGGCGGUGAUGUUCCUGACAGGCCUGAUGUUCGGCUCCGUGGUCAUCUUCAUGCUGUGCUACAAGGAGCGCGUGCUGGACAGCCAGCUGAGCGUGGAGGCCAGCGUGGGCAUCGGCCUGGGCAUCGGCACGCUGUGCGGCCUGGUCACCAUGCUGGUGCGCAGCGUGGGGCUGUUCAUGGUGGGCCUGCUGCUGGGGCUGCUGCUCGGAGUCGCCUCCCUGGUGGUGAUGGAGGAGUUCUACCACCCCAGGACGGUGUGGGUCCCCCUGGGCGUGCUGCUGGGCUCGGGCACCCUGUUCGCCGUGCUCACCCUCCAGUGGCAGCGCUGCUUCGUCACCCUCUCCACCUCCGUGUUCGGCGCGGCCGUCAUCACCCUCACCGUGGACUACUUCGUGGAGCUGUUCGCCCUGGUCCGCUACGUGUACGAGCGCCUCAAGGUGGCGCCCCCGCGGCCCGUCUGCUGGUUCACCUGGGUCAUCAUGGGGGUGUGGCCCGUGCUGGCCCUGCUGGGGGUGCUCAUCCAGUGGAAGGUGACGGCGGAGGGAUACUCUCACACGGAGUUGAUUCUGAGCAGGCAACAGCGCAGGAUGCAGCUCAUGAGGAUCCACCAAAAGGAGGAGAGGAUGCAGAAGGAGGGCAAAAAGAAGAAGAGGAAGCAGAAGCCAGGCCAGAAGCCCAAACAGAAGCAGGCGCAGCAGUACCACCACCCUCCUGCGCCCCACUCUCAACCCCACCCCCACUCCCACUCUCACUCUCACUCCCACCCUCACUCCCACCCUCACUCCCACCCCCACACCCAUCCUCACCCUCAGCCCCACCCUCACUCCUCACACCCCCCUAAGCCUGCCCCGGCCGAGCCGACUCACCACAGAAGACCAACCAUACGGCGCUUUGAUGGCGACGUGCUUUCCCCGAGCUACAUCCGUAGUUUCCGGGACAGACAGGGGGACAGGCAGGCGUACCCUCAGGGCCGCAUGAUCAGCCGCUCCCGCACCCAGCUGGACUACGACUGUGGCUCCCAGGUGCCCCUGACGACCGCCAGCGGGCCGGCCGCACGCGUCUGACCCCCCGCUGGUCUGGAGGGGAACUGCAACUCCACGUCGACCUGAUCUGGAUGUUUACUAAAACGGGCUUGCCAAGCAAAAACAAUGUUUGACGGCCUCACCAGUGGCAAGUGUAGUGCCAAUGUCUGACCGGAGAGGCAGCUGGCCGCGGCGCCCUCUGCUGCCCCGGAGGACCUGGAGAACAAACGCCAACCUAAUCCGACGUGACCAUCUUCAACAUGUGUUUGUGUGUGUUUGUUUCGUACCAUGCUGUGACGCUGUUCGCCUGUAGAGGGGUGGGGCGGCCAGGGAUGUGUUCCCAUGGCAGAACUGAGAGGAACCGUUGUGAUUUGUUGCAUCUUCUGGUGCAGUGGACCCCUGGGGUGACCCUUUUGUGUAUGUCUGUAGAAGGAAUGCCGAAUAGUUCUACUGGAUUUGACUGGACUCAAUUCAACUGUAUCGUCUGAGGUCAUGCAGUUUUGAUGCUGACUCUCCUCGACUUCCUUCUCUCUUCUCUGCUUCCUGUCCUGUGCUGUUGUGAAAGUUGUGAGGGGCUAGCCAGCUGUGGGCUGGGUCCCCCGUCAUGUGACUGCCAUCCCGGCCUCUCUAUUGGUUGACAUCUCUUCCUGGAUCUCUGUACAGUUUCUCUUCUCCUAGCGUUGUCAUGUUCCUGUGUACAGUAUGAUGCUUUUUUAACUGAUUGGUUGAUUACUUAAAUAUUGUAUGAAAAAAAACAUUUUUUAAUGUUCGGUUUCUUUGAUUUGAUUGGUUGAUAGAUGAUUGAUUGCACUUUCGUCCAAUGUUGGAUUCCAUGUUCAUGUCAGGGAGAACUGGAUUGAAAAACAAAGGCUAUUAUUAUUAUUAAUAUUGGUAUUGUUAUUACUGAGCAUGUCUUUGUAUGGACCUUGUUAUGAAAACAUUGUGAUUCUAAACAUCA